AUGUGUUUUCGAUGUGGAGCACCGGGACAUAUGUCUAGGGAUUGUUCACGUGGGAGAGCCGCAGAUGCGGGUUGGCCACGACAGGAUCGAGAUGUUGUCGGAUAUCUUGAUGGAAUUGAGAAUGAGAGGACUCUUGAAAAGAAUAACAAAUCUACCAAGUAUACUAUUAUCGAAUCAGAGAUUGAUGAUAGAAAAAUAAUGGAGUGUGUACUUUUUGGCAACUAUGCACAUGAAUUAAAUGCUUUUUUGGGAUCCGGCAAUAAGGAUGGAGCUGUUGUCAUCUUACAGUUUGUUAGAGUGAAGUUAUAUAACGAAAGGAUUGUUUUACAAAAUUCUAUGUAUGACACAAAGAAUUUGUUGCUUGAAUUCUCCAAUGAAGUUGCGGCCAAUGAUGAAUUCGAAUUGUUGAAAAAUGCUAUUACACCAACUAAGCGAUUAUCCUCGAAGUCGGAAGAAUCGAAGGUGGAAGGAGAUACCUCAACUUGCAAGAAGAUUAAGAUUGAGAAAGAAACUUGA